CUGGGGCGAUUUAAUGCCGCGUCAGGUCGUUCCGUCGGUAAAUCCGUCACGUGAGCUGCCCGUCCCGCCGCCGUCGCUGAGGAUCUCGCGCCACCGCGCAGGGAUGGGGAUGGCGGCCAGGAGCCGCGACGGGGCGCUGUGCCGCGGUCAGCGGGGUCUGACGAGAUGCUGGAAGCGCGCUCGGCUGUUACAGGAUGACCUUGUGCUGAGCUUUUGUAGAAAAAACGAGACUUAAUCAUUCUUCAAUGUGCAUCAUUCUGUUCAAAUUUGAUCCACGGCCGGUUUCAAAAAAUGCCUACAGACUUAUUCUAGCAGCUAAUAGAGAUGAAUUUUACAGUAGACCAUCCAAAUCAGCAGAUUUUUGGGACAGCAGCAAUGAAAUCCUGAGUGGUCUGGAUAUGGAGGAGGGAAAAGAAGGUGGGACGUGGCUGGGAAUCAGUAAGAAAGGCAGGAUGGCAGCCCUGACAAACUAUAUGCAGCCAACAACUGACAAAAAUGCAAAAGGAAGAGGUGCUCUUGUAACGAACUUCUUGACUUCAGAUCUGGACUGUUACUCUUACUUGAAGAAAGUUUCAGUAGAAGGACAUCUUUAUAAUGGAUUUAAUUUAAUAGCAGCUGACUUGAAUACCACCAAAGGAGAUGUAAUUUGCUACUAUGGAAACAAAGGAGACCCAGAACCUGUUUUCUUAAAUCCUGGAAUAUAUGGACUGAGUAAUUGUUUGUUGGAUACGCCAUGGAAGAAACUUCAGUAUGGGAAACAGCUUUUCACAGAAGUCAUCAACAGAAGUCAAGACCUUGCCAAAGAAGACUUGGUGCAGGAGCUCCUUACAGUGAUGAAUAAUCAAGAGCCUCAGUUACCUGACCCUGCAAUUGAAGACCAAGGGAAGGAAUACAUACGUCCUAUAUUGAACAAGUAUGCAGCUGUGUGUGUUCGUUGCCCGGGUUAUGGAACAAGGACAAACACAGUCCUCCUCAUUGAUUCAGAAGGAAACGUUACUUUCACAGAGCGCACCAUGAUCAAUGAGGAUGUCAGCCAGUGGAAAACAAGCAGCUAUGAAUUCAAACUGCACAUGUAACAACUUUCCAUUUGAAUGCAUUGUAAUAAAAGCAAUGAAAGCAAGCUGUUAAGCUCCAGGAAAUGUUUUCUGUCAGCCUCUGGAAGCCAAAAAUAGCAAGAGAAGCAAAAGUUGUUUUAAAUAGGUUGUGUAAGCUAUCAAUCUCACAAAUCCUCUGCAUAAAACCAAGUUUCUUACUGUUUUUACAUUGUUGCAACUUCAAAACAAAUUUCUGUUCAUGUGGCUUUGUUUUAUCAUCUAAGCUUAAAAAAUUGUAAAACCCAGUGGAAAGUACUAACAGGAUACUGUACCUUGCAUAUAACUUCUUUAUUUUUAUUUCAGCCAGAGCUGAAAAUAUAUGCAGCUUCUUGGAGAAUCGACCUUCAGCUAACUUUCACAAUCUAAAUUUUGUCUAAAAAUUAGAUUUGUAUCAUGGAAUUGAAAGAAAAUCAGCUGCAGUUCCAUUUCUUUUCACAGAUUCCUCUAAUUUCUUUUCGCUCAGAUACAACCACGUACUGUAUGAUGCCUGAAGCCAAUGUCUAGCAGUCAUAGAACAUAAGAUCAGAGGGAUCGUGAAGCCACCUGGCAUAUAACACCUGCUUCCAGGGCAAGGCUGCCUUUGUCCAACAUGCAAGUCAUUGCUUUGUUUUUUCUUUUAAGUAUGUUUUAAAGAAAUACCAAACUUGUAUUCAAUUCAGAGGAGGAGAAAUGCUUACUGCUUUUGUUUUGUUUUUUUUUUUUUACAAAACUGCUCUCCCUUCAAUAUGUAAUUUUAAGAUUGUAAGCUGAUGCCAAUAUACAUUAAAUGAAUGUAUGUUUUCUUUGUAGCAUUAAGUGUUUUAGUAAUAUUUAAACUUUUCCCUAUGCCAUGGUACACUGUUCUGCCUGGAGAGGGUGGGGAGGGAAGAAUUUGUUUUGUUUACCUGUAAAUAGUACAGCAAUAGAUCUUAAAUACUCUCAAAUCUAGUUUUAGAACUAAGAAAUUAAGUUGUCACUGCUCAGUUCUAUUCAGUAGAAGUUUAAAAUUGUUUAUCUUUGAAAGGAAUAAAAUUCUGUACUGUGACAUCUGGUUUCCUGAUAAUCUCAUUAGCAAUAUUGUUUUUUUUUUCCUACCCCACCAGGCAGAUAAGGAGUAAUUAUGCUUGCAAAUGGACACUGAAUGUGAGGUUACAGUAACUUGAGACAGCCUUAGUGAUCUGCAUACCUGGACAUUGCAGUGGAGGUGAAAUUUGUAAUAAUCUAUUUAUAAUUUCAAAGAAAUCAAUGGAGAAUUCAGAACCACCUCUAGAAUGGAAUAUCUGUUGUAAUGUAACUUGUUUCAACCAUGCUAAAAAGGUCAUGCUACAGAAUUCUUUAUUUAAUGUCUUGUUUAAGAGUGUAUGUCUUUAAAAGUGGUCAUACCACAAGGUUUGGGAGGGGAGCAAACAGACAAAAACCCUAGCAAAUAGGGCUGUGAAGUUGAUGUGUCUUCAGUGGAAGCAGUAGGUAGUGUCUUCAGUGGAAGCAGUAGGUAGUGUCUUCAGUGGAAGCAGUAGGAUUAACAGGCAAGUAAAAAGGAAUAACCACCAUGUUCUGAGUAGCUUUGAUAAAAUGCCACUUCGUUCAACAUGCAUUUUGUUUCCAUCUCAUUCUGUGAUUGAUAUUCUUUGGCUUUACUAAUGAGUAUGAAUUAUCACAGUACUUACUAAAACUUUGCUUUAUUUGCCCUAUUAAAUACAUAAGUCUCCCAGGAAAACCUUGAUUUAUAUUCAAGCAUUAUAAAAGUCCGUGUGAAGCUCUGAUCUCUCUCCUGGAGAGUUGAAGCUAGAAGUGACAUUCGGCGAUGAUGUAUUUUGUGGUUUUUGUUUGUUUUUAAAUCUAAAGAAAAGCCUUGGACAUGGAUUUAAGAUCUUCUACUGAGGAUGCAAUUAUUAGAUGUGUGCAAUUUGAACUCCACUAAAUUAUUUUGGAUAGCAUAAAAAUAAUUGUUAUGAAAAUAAUUUAUGCAAUGUCCAUGGUUGUCUACUAAAAUUAAUAUGAAAUGUAAUGAUACUGUAUACUUGGUCUCUGCAAUUAUGAUUAUGUAACUGACUUACAAAAUACUUCAAGCAAAUAUAUAAGCUGGCCUUUAAG